UGAUUAUUUGUUUUGGUGAGGUAUGUUUAGAGACUAUUGUUGCCUGAGGUUUUUAAAUUUUAAUGCAAGCAUUCCCUCUGCAUUCUUUACAUUCAUAUCAUUUUUUGCACCUGUGAGGAUUAUUUUGUUUAAUCUCUUGAUACCAUCCUCUCUCUGUUCUUGAUUUCCUUAUAUUCUUAGAGGGAGAGUUCAGAUUUGAAGUGCAUUUUUCAUUUCAAAUGGAAAGACUUCACUGAGAAACUGGCUGUACGCAUCUUUGUAUGCAGAUGGCCAUAUGAAUGUGGUUAAGUAAUAAGAAAGACGGUGUUGGGAUCAGUAGCACAGAGUCUCAUCGUUUUGUGAUUUCAUGUCUGUGUUUUUCUUGUCUUGCCUGAUCUUACUCCUACUAGGACCCAUUGCUCCUGGAGUGAGGUGUUACUCCUGGCCCCCUCCGCUGGUCCAUGGAGACUUGGCUGGCAAGGUUGCAUGUGAUGUACAUCCUUAGUUCCCUGACUGCCCUCAUGCAGGAGCCGCAUAGGGAUACUCCAUGAAUAAUCACAAGUGGCAUUUUCUCUCUCAUUAUAUGACUAAUGUAUAAGAAGACUAUAAAAAAGGUUAUGGAAAAAUGGAAUUAAAAGAUAGAAGGCUGGGUGUGGUAGAUCAUACCUGUAAUCCCAGCACUUGGGGAGGCGGAGGUGGGUGGAUUGCUUGAGUCCAGGAGUUUGAGACCAGUCUGGGCAAACAAGGAGACCCUGUUUCUACUAAAAAUACAAAAAUUAGUCAGGCGUGGUGGUGCAUGCUUAUGGUGCCAGCUACUCAGGAGGCUAUGGUGGGAAGACCACUUCAGCCUGGGAGUUUGAGGCUGUAGUGAACCGUGAUUGUACUGCUGCACUCCACCCUGGGUAACAGCGAGACCCUGUCUCAAAAAACAAACAAACAAACAAACAAAAAUAUAUAUAUGUAUGUAUAAAAACUUUGUUUCUCAGCAUAAGCUCCAUCAGUUUCAAGCCACUUUUAAAUGAUGAUACCAGCCAUUUGUUGAACUCAUCCCUAAAGAACUGACAGGCCUGGGAAUUUAAUGAUGUGAAUGCAGUCUUUUUUACAUUACAAGCUGAAGAAAAAUGUGUUUCCUUUUUUAAAGGCUUCUUAAGAUUAGGAAACAAAAGGAAGUCAGAAGGAGCCAAAUCAGGACUGUACGGUGGAUGCUUAAUGAUUUCUCAUCAAAACUCUUGCCCUUGUUUGAGAGGAAGGAGUAGGAGCAUUGUUGUGAUGGAGAAGGACUCUUGGUGAAACUUUCUCUGGCAUUUUUCUGCUGAAGAUUUUGCUUUCUCAAAACACUGUCAGAAUAAGCAGAUGUUAAUUGUCCUUUGGCCCUUCAGAAAGUCAACAAACAAAAUACUUCAACAUCCCAAAAACCUGUUGCCCUGACUUUUGCUCUUGACCAGUCUGCUUGUUUUGACUGGACUCCUUCCACCUCUUGGUGGCCAUGGCUUGGGUUGUGCUUUGUCUUCAGGAUCGUAGUGGUGAAGCCAGGUUUCAUCUCCCAUUACAAUUCUUUGAAGAAAUGCUUUGGGGUCUUGAUCCCACUUGUUUAAAAUUUCCUUUGAAAGCUUUGCUUCUGUCAGCAGCUAAUCUGGAAGCAGUGGUUUUGGCACCUAUGGAGUGGAAAGUUUGCUCAACUGUAAUUUUUUGGUGAGAAUUAUGUAAGCUGAACCAGUUGAGAUGUCUAUGAUGUUGGCUGUUGUUUCUGCUGUUAAUUGUUGGUUUUCUUCAAUUAGGACACAAGCAAGGUUAAUAUUUUCUUCCUGAAUUGAUAUGGAUGGUCUGACACUGCAGGUUUCAUCCUCAGCAUCAUUAUGUCCCUUAUGAAAACGAGUUUUCCAUUUGUAAGCUGCUGAUUUAUUUGGGGCAUUGUCCUUAUAAACUGUUGAUAAAUCAUAAGUGAUUUCACCAUUCUUUCACCCAUGCCUCACUCUAAGGUUGAUGUUUUUUUCUUGCUUUAAUUUUAGCAGAACUCAUGUUGCUCUAACAGGGGCUCUUUUCAAACUGAUGUCUUAUCUUUCUCAGUGCUUUAGACUAGAUCCCGUUCAUACAUGUUAUAAAAAGUUAGUUUGAGUUUAUCAUGGUACCAAAAAAAAUUGAAAUCCAUCCACAGCUUUUUCAUAAAACUCAUUUUCCAUGAACCUUAGAAGACCCUUGUCUGUGUUCUGGUUUUGAGAACUAGCUUCUGUUUAUGGUGAACAAAAGCAUUGCCAUGUGUGAUUAGAAACAAAUGAUACACAGUGUGGUUUUUAUAAUACUUUUUGAGCCUUACUCAAGGAAUUGGUGAACACUUCACUGUGGUAGCCACAGGAGACACUCUUCAUAGUGGUGUGUUCUGGGGCUGCACUGUUCCAGUCUUCCAUGAAACUUCAGAGAAUGCUCAGUCUCUAUUGCUGUGGCUGCUCAAAAUUUCAUGUAGGGUGCAGCGUCCUCAUUAGUCAGAUUCCUAAGAAGGAAGUGCGUAUUCAGCUGGUGUUUGUUACCCGCUGACAGUCCUCCACCCUAUAGGCUUUCUGUUGUGAUUCUCUUCUGUCUGGCAUUGUACCCCACAUAGGCGAUCAAGCUUUAUAGUGGGUCUUGUAACUCCUAGCUUUAGUCUAAGAGUGACAUGGAUCCCCUUACACUCCUUGCAUCUCAGACCUUCUGGGUUCAGUCUCCUUUCUGAAAUAAUGUUCACUACCCUCUCCCCUGAAGCAGAGCCCAGACUGAGCAGAAAAUUUUCUUAUCCUCUCAGUGAAAAGAUUUUUUCCACCGUACCUGGGAGUCGGCAAAUUAUGGCUUUAAGGCCAAAUCUGACUUACCACCUGGUUUUGUAAAUAAAGUUUUUUCUUUCUUUCUUUUUUUGAGACAGAGUCUUGCUCUGUGGCCCAGACUGGAGUGCAGUGGCAUGAUCUCGGCUCACUGCAACUUCUACUUCCUGGAUUCAAGUGAUUCUCCUGUCUCAGCCUCCUGAGUAGCUGGGAUUACAGGCACAUGCCAUCACACCCGGCUAAUUUUUGUAUUUUUAGUAGAGAUGGGGUUUCACUAUGUUGGUCAGACUGGUCUCUAACUUCUGACCUCGUGAUCCGCCUGCUUCGGCCUCCCAAAGUGCUGGGAUUACAUAUUGUCUGUGGUGGCUUUCAUGCGUGGUAAAUUGAGUAGCUGUGACAGAAACCUUAUGGCCCUCAAAGCCUUAACUUAUUUCCUAUCUGACCCAUUACAGACAAAGAUUGAGAUUCCUGUCUUAUUCUACCCUCUGUUUGAGAGUCCCUGCUUUCUGGAGGGGUUUCAGUUUUAACUUCCCAUCUUCUGGGGGUCUGAUUCUUGUCUUUGUCACCCGUGUGGUGGUUAAAGAUCAAACCUCUUGGUUAUUUCAACUCCUGGCUUUACCACUCUGGUUUUCAAUUUCCUUAUUUUUCUAUUUUUUAUUUUCUUGCCAUUCGAAAUGUCCUUUUUUGAAAACAGCAGAGUCUAUGUAGUUUGCAACUAAAGAAAGGUGCUGUUUAACUCCUUAAACUGCUUGAGGUCAGGUUUAACCUUGUCCUUCAUCUCAGCUCUUAGCCUGGUACCUGGCAUGUAGUAGCCAUAGAGGACCACAGCAGAAUGGGAAUUCAGGUAUUUGAUGCUGCCAGCUGUGCUGGUACUCAUUUUCCCAACCCUCACAGCUCCACGUAGGCCUCUGGUUCAGCACUUGACUAUGGCCUGUGGCUUGAUCUCUUGGCCUGUGUGAGGCCUUGUGCCUCCUCUCCUUAGUCCUGAGGUAUUGGGCUUGCCCCACCCUGUUCAGGUGGCCAGGUCUUAUCUUGAUGUGCACAGGAAUGAGUACUGCAGGGAGGAGAGCAGGAAUGUAGACUUCCUUUCCAGGAGGCCCUUUCUAAGCUGGACAUGUGCUUUCUGUUCAGGCUCAUAAACCUACCUGGAGGAAAAAUGUGGACCGAUAAGUGUCCUGACUCUGGAUGUUUGCAUUUCUUCCCUUUUGGGCAGGUGAAUGGAAAGACAGAUACAUGAGAAUGCAUCCAUUCACCAAGUAGACAUGCAAAAAGUAUUUCUUGAAUUAAAAUAAAAGAAGAAGAUUCUUUAAGGAUUGGUAGCAUUGGUCUUCAUUGUCUCUAUUUAUUAUGCCUCAGGAGCCUGCUUCACUUUUAAGUAAUCCCAAUGUAUGCCACAAAUAAAUAUGUCUAUGUUAUCUGUGUAUGUAUUAUUUCCCCUUCUAUGUAAAAGGUUACUUUUCUUUAUAAAAAGAUUCACAAUGAGAUUUAAAAAAAUUGUCAGUCCUUAAGAAUUUACCUAAAAAAAUUAAAAAAAAAAAUUUACCUAAACUGCAAGAAGGAUUUUGUGCUCCUAAUCAUCCUAGUGUCCAUCAAUCACACCCUGGUUUAUAAGCGCUUGUUGUCUUUUCUUCAGUAAUCCAUAAGGCCCUUGAGGAUAGAACCCUGUCUUCAUCACCUUGUAUUCUCAGUUCCUAGCUCAGUGUUUGGUACAUUUUAGACACUCAGUAAAUAUUUGUUGAAUUUAGUUGAAUAAAACAUUUAUUUCAUGUACAACUUGCUCAGGAGUAAAUAUGUUGUAAGGUACUUCCAUAUUUACAUUCUAAAAUCAUUGCUAGCAGCUAUACCUUAAAUAAUUUAAAAAGGAAGUUGAGACGUGCCAAAGAAUUUACCUCCUUUUCUUCCUAAAAUGCACAUGCUUAUAUGCACACUUGCGUGUAUAUGCAUGUACCACAAAAACCCCAAACCGUAUUAGGAAAAUCUAAAGACUUUUUUUUUUUUUAACUAUAACAUUUGUCUGAUGGUGAGUUGUAUUUUUAAUUUUGGGGGAUGUGUUGUUAGAGUCAGGUGAGGUCUGUGGAUUAACAGACAUGGAGAGUUCUGUUAGUUUCCUGUUUAUUAUUGACUACUUAUGGCUUUUUGGGAUCAGGGUAGGACAUAAAUACAUCAAGAUAAUUAAAUGUAAUUUUUGUGAUAGUAGGUGUUGUUUCUUUGUAAAAUGGUUAUAAAAAACUGAUUACUCAUUUUUAGAUGUCUUUUUAUCAUAGUUCGAACUGUCACAUCUUUAAUUUGAUUAGAAAAGUAUUCAUGAGCACUUGUGUGUCAGUGCAGCUCCAGAUGCUGAGGACAUAACACAGCUGAGAAACAAAACAAAGUCCCUGCCCUCAAGGAGCUUGUGUUUUACUGUAUUUUUGUAUGGGUGUGUAUGUGUGUGGUGGGGUGGGGGUGGUAUAGAAAAAUAUUUCAGGUAUUGGUGAGUGCUAAGAAGAAAAACCAAAUAGUAUAAAAGGAAUAGAGACCAAAAGUGUGUGUGAUAUUAUAACACAAGGUGCCUGCUGACCCUGGAGCAGAGGCCUGCAUGGAGGGAGGGAGCAGCGCUGCAGGUGUGGGGAAGAGCAAGCCAGAACCAAGAUUAAGUGUAGCUCCUGAAAUGGAUAUCAUGGACUACUGCAAAAAAGAAUGGAGGGGAAAUACACAGAAAGCAACAUGUAUGAAAAAGGGCUAUGAGGAGGUUUCUCAGAAGUUCACCUCUAUACGGCGAGUCCGUGGUGAUAAUUACUGUGCACUGAGGGCCACGCUGUUCCAGGCCAUGAGCCAGGCUGCUGGGCUGCCACCCUGGCUGCAGGACCCAGAGCUCACGCUGUUACCAGAAAAACUUAUAAGCAAAUACAACUGGAUCAGGCAAUGGAAACUUGGACUGAAAUUUGAUGGGAAGAACGAGGACCUGGUUGAUAAAAUUAAAGAGUCCCUUACUCUGCUGAGGAAGAAGUGGGCAGGCUUGGCUGACAUGAGAACUGCUGAAACAAGACAGAUAGCUUGUGAUGAACUAUUCACAAAUGAAGAGGAAGAAUAUAGCCUCUAUGAAGCUGUAAAAUUUCUAAUGCUAAACAGAGCCAUUGAACUAUAUAAUGAUAAAGAGAAAGGAAAGGAAGUACCAUUUUUCUCUGUGCUUCUGUUUGCUCGGGACACAUCGAAUGACCCAGGACAGCUGCUGAGGAACCACCUAAACCAGGUGGGACACACUGGUGGUCUUGAACAGGUUGAAAUGUUCCUUCUUGCCUAUGCUGUGCGCCACACAAUCCAGGUGUACCGGCUCUCCAAGUACAACACGGAGGAGUUCAUCACAGUCUACCCUACUGACCCACCCAAGGACUGGCCAGUGGUAACGCUUAUUGCUGAGGACGAUCGGCACUAUAACAUCCCCGUCAGAGUGUGUGAGGAGACCAGUCUGUGAGAGACGCAUGCUCCUGACAGCCUGGUGAUGUGGCUAAGAUGCACAGGUGGCUCCUGGGCUUGGGCUGCAGGCCUGAGAGGUCUCUAAGAACAAUCUCUGAGAACCCUUGGGCCCCUGGGAGCCACGUUGGACAGGAUGUCCUGAAGAUUAGCUUUUGAUAAGAGAAAUUAACCAAGUCUUUCCCCUCAUCUAUGAUGCAAUAUAUUUCAUUGGGGGCCUUCAGAGCACACCUGUUGUACAGUGCAAACUAUAUCUUUUCCAGAAGGCAAAUAGUUUUGUAUCAGAGGAAACUAAGUUUUGGAGAGGAAUAUGUUCUUUAUAUCUCAAAUCAAAACUCUCUCUAAUAGUACACUGGCUUCUAACGUUUUUAAGACAGUAUUUUUCCCCUUUCUAGUAGUAAUGGUUUUCUGUAGAUCUCCCUAUACAGUCUGCUUUUACUCAGGACCUUCAGAUUAUGAGAUGGAUGUGCUGCCCACUGCACUAAGGGGGCCUCUAACAGUCUGCUUUAAGUGGUAUAAUUCUGAGAUGGAUCUGUUGCUGGCAUAGUCAUGACAACCUCUGGUAAUCUCAUCUUCUUAUGAAGGGAAGAGCAGUGGUUUAGACUUACAUCUUAAUUAAGGCUAUUUUAAGCAGAUUGUCUUGCAGCAGACUAAGAAUUGGGUCCAAAAGUGGGUUAUUUCAAGGCAUUUUUGAAGACUGGAGGAGCCAUAGGAGGGAGUGGUGAGGGAACCUAGAACUUCUUCCUCCUUGUGAUUGUGACAGGUGUCUGAUGCCUCCAGCGCACUGGAGUCCAGGCUUGGUGCAGGUGGUGCCCCAUCAGUGUGGACAGACACUACUUGCCUUUGUGCUUUAGUGUUGGAAGCUUUAAUUAUUCUUCAGUUCCAUGGAUUCAUGAUUUUAUAGCCAGAUUCUAUACACCUGUUUUCAAAGGAGGAAACCGAGGCCAAAUUACUUUGAGGUGGGGCUGAGUUGGACCCGGGUUUUCCUGUGCUCUUUUCAUGCUGUGUUGGAGGGUGUGUCCAUUGCCAGAUCUGUGUAACCCAUCUGGGGCAGGGGAUGAGUGACAGCAAACCAUCUAAGAUUUUUCAUGAGUACAUUUAAGCAGAAGCAUGUAGGAAUAUGAGUGCAAAAGUGUGGCUGAGCCGCCUAUGCCCUUGAUUGGUUUUGGGAAGCCUGAGGGAGGCAGCCUUCCUGGCUAUGAACCAUCAUCUGCCCAGUCAGGCUAAGGGUGGUGACUGGGGUGGUGAAGGGGCAACUCUGCUGAGCAUGGUCUGCCUUAUGGCCUGAAUUGGCCUCAGGGGGUGUGGACUACAGAUGGUGUUCACAUGAACCAGAGACAAUAGGAUUCUACUGGCAGCCCCUGAAUUGGCUCAACAUUUGUGGAGGUGGUGUUUCCCUGAAGUACUGAGCUUUGUUUUAUGAUAAUUAAAAUCUUUAUUUGGUCCUAUUUAAUAUAGUUUAGAAGCAAUUCUUUUUGAGGCAAACUUUUUUUGAAAAUGUAAAUUUUGUUAAUUAAAGAAACAAUUUUGUAAUUCAGUUUCUUUAGUUGAGAAAACUCAGGAUGCACAAAACUAUUCAGACUGUUAUUUUAGCAUUCUCCCAUUACCUCAUCAGUAAUAUUCACCACAUUUUGCUAAAUGUUUAUUGAUUAGAGUGUUGAAAUCAAAUUCUGCUCUGAAUGUAUAUGAAUACAUUGGAGAGGCUUUGUGUUUUUCACUGUGAAAUGCAAUUGUGCCUUGAAUAAGAAGGUACCUAGAAGCCAAAUUAAAGUAAUAAUGACUUCUUAUUGGCUUUGAUUUUUCAUUGUAGUAUAUGGGAUUGCACAACAGGAAAUGCUUACUAUUCAUUUCUGAUACUUUUUAAGGCACAACUGGAAACAUUUAUAUCGUAUAUGCAUAGCAGCAGGGAUCUGUGCCCUUCAGGUACAUUAAAUCUGACCAUUAGUUUAUAUAUGUCAUUGAAUUUUAAUAAUACUCAUGUUAAUAAUAGUUGCCUAUCCUUGCAUUUUGAAAAUGUUCUCAACUCAGUGAACUUCAAUUGGAUUUCUGGGCAAAAAGAUGUGUUUCUUUUAUGUUGCUUUCUGUCUGACGCCCUUGUCAGAAUCUAUGAGACUCUUGUUUAGGUUUAGUGGGAUCAUGGCAUCAGAGAAGCAAAGCUUUCAAAGAAAUAGUACUUCAGGGAAUAGAAAUGAUUGAUCAACUUUAAAAAUAAAAAUUUUUUAUUGCAACUUCAGUUGCCCAGAAUCUUAGUUCCAUUUCUCAUUCUUGGUAUUGAGCUGGUCAGAUGACAUCAGCAGAUUAGAAGUUAAAUGGAGAUCAGAUGAAUUCAGUAGGAUAUUCCACUUAGAGCAAAAUGUUUAUUUAUCUUUUAUCAUUUAUCUUCAAAAUGAUUAAGUGUUCUAGAAUAAAGGAAUGUAGUAGGAACUAUGCUAUGCUUAACUUUCUAUCCCAGAAUUUCUUGCAAGAGUUUAGGAGUUUUGGACCCUCUGUAUUGGCAGAAAAGUUAUCUCCAUCUUAAGGAGGCAUGACUUUUACACCUGUGAGCUCAUGUAAGGUGAAUUUAAACAUAAAAUAAUUUCCCUGCAUUACGCUUCAUGGAAUUAACAUUGCUUUUCCAGAACAUUUUCAGAUUCCUUUCCUUACAUCCUGAGCUCCUUGUGCAUAUACAUCUGUUGCUCAUCCACAAGGAACAGUGAUGGUCACACUGGAGAACAAGAAGCCAGUAAUACAUGGUCUCUAACUGAUGAUUUAGGCCUGGAUUUGAUUGAAAGUGUUUGCAGUUCUUCUUCCUUAGAAUACAGAGUGUAUGAAAAUGUUUUCAAUGCACAGAACAGGAUGAAUCCUUUUUUCUUUAUAUAGCCAUUUAUACUUUUCUUACUCUAUUUUCAGUUAGUGUCUGAUAAGAUUUUCUUUGUUUAAGGAGGACAGGCAUUGCCUUGGUAUCUUUUUUUUUCCCCUCCACUUUUGGAGCUUACAGGUAAAAUCUCAAGCCACCUGAAUUGGUAACACCUCUGUUGGGAAAAGCAUUUGUGAGUUUUUAUGUACUUGGUCUUUGUUGUUAUUCAUCAUGUCCUCCCUCUCUCCACAAUGUGCUAUUUUACUUAAGAGUUAGUCUACUUUCUGAAGAUCUUCAAGAGAGAGGCUGUGAAGUGCUGUAUCACUUUUAAUGAUACAACACUCCUACCAUCUCGGUGUUUACAUAGGACUUACAUAGACAUCUUGGCUGUGUCUUUUUUUGGAUACUAAAGUACAGUUGGAUCAUUUUCUUACCUCUUUUUCUUAAGCAGUACUUUGUAGGUACUCCCCUUUAAAAGUCAGAAGCAUAAACCAUGUUUGUUUAAGCAUUCUGAAUGUUUUUUAAUAGCAUUCAGUGGCAUUAAUGGAGGAGGACGCUGUGUUUUCUCAAUUAAUCUCAUUGAUUUGUUUGGUAUAAGUUCGGAUCAGAAAUGAAACUGCCAAAACAUGGGUCAGUACAAGGAAGGGACACAGUGCUUAAAAUGUCCAGUCUUGACAGUGGACUUGGCAGUUCUCCUAGUAAGCAGAAAUGCUUGAGCCUAAUUCUGAACUUCAAAAUCAUAUUUUAUACUUAAUUUUAGGAGCUUUCAUUUACAUAUUGAAAAAUGCCUUGACUGUUUUCACAUAAAUGGUGCUAAAACGUUGUACCCCUUAUAAGAAUCAUAGCAAUCCACAGCAACGUUGGUUACUUCUGAAUAAUUUGAUAAGGGAACAAAGUCAAAAUGAAUGUAUUUAAUAAGCUUUCUCAUUUCCAUUGAUUUUAUAAAAGUAUGUUGGUAUUGUUGCCUGCAUUUUAGCACCUUCUAACUUUUUGUAUUAUGAAUUCGGAGAGGAUAACAACCCAAUUUUAGAACCUCUGCCAGUGGUGAUGGUGUUUUUCUUCUGUGUGUAAGCCAUUGUGAAUGGAGACCAGCAGAGCAGCACACUGUGUGAACCUGGCAGUGUUCAUCUUGGCUUGUUUAGCAGCAUCUCCUCUGUUUACACCAUAAGAUGUUCAGCAUGUGUCAGAAAUUUCGCCUGCUCUGAAAAACAUGCCCCUGGGGCUCUGGGCAGUUUGGGACCUUGGUUCCCACCUGCAAAUGCGGUCAGAUGCCUGGCUCCUGGGGCAGAGUUUCCUCUGUUACUUGUUGAGGUUCUUGUCUUCCCUGUCAGAAACUGAACCAACUUGGGGGCUUUGCUGUUGAUUCACUUUAGCAAACCCUGCUGCUGAGGACUGUAAAAAUAAAUAACUAAAAAUAAACUUAGAAAAUACAACUCAGAAGCCUAGCUGUGUCGCUGUGGUCAAAUGCUUGCCUUUGAGGACUUUGGCAGAUUGUGGUAUUGCAGUCGGCUUUAACUUUCUGGCACUGGCAAGGCAGACCUAUGAUGUCCACAUGGCUGAUUCUUGGCCCCUGCCCAUUGUUAGCAGAGGAAUCAGGAGUUUGGGGAGGCAGUAUUGGGCAGUGCUGAGAGUUAGAUGAGAUGAAGCAGUUAGCACAGUGCUUAGGCCAUACUAAGUGCCCCUAACCUUACCAACCAAAUUAGGUGCAUAGUUACCAGCUUGGGUCUGGAUUCAGCAGCAUUUCCACUGCCCACUAAAAGGGUGAGCUUGGGCACUUCCUGAACCUCCCUAAAUCCUGUUUCUUCAUCUUUACCAUACACAGUCUGUCUUGGUGGUGGUGUGGAUUAAGUGAGAUGCUAGCACUUACUGGGGAAGAUCCCCCAGACGUGCAAAACAGGGCCACAGCCCCAGUUCUGACCCAGCCUUGCUGUGUGUUUGCUGCGAAGAGGUCUGCUGUGUGCAGGGCAUUUCUUUAUGAACCAUUUACACUGCUGGAAAUGUACCCAGCAAUGUGAUAGCAAGAACUUCAACAAACUGCUUAUGAAUAGGCUGUCAUUGAAAGAAGUUAAUCAUCUGAAGAUGGGGGAAGACUGGACUUUCAGAGGCAUCUUGGGGAUAGAGAAUGAAAUUUGAGUCAGCAGAGAUCUGCCUUCCUGUUUGUCAAAGAACUACUGCAUCUGGGAGUCCUACAAAAUGGAUCUGGGCUUCUGAAGAACCACUGGGUAGGUAUUGGGCAUCCAUUAGACAGCAGUGCUACAUUGGUCAUGUGCAGCAGAAAGACCUCCCCAUGGUGAACAACAAACCACUUUUCUCCUCCACUGGCCCACUCAUUUGGAUUGAUACACUUUUUCAGUGUCGGAAAUGUACUUACUCCUUCUAGCUGUCUGAAUUACGGUGCUCUGCUUAACUCUGUGGACAGUGUUUCUUGAAUUUCCUUUUCCACCUCCUUUUCCCACUCAAGGAAGUGGAGAGAAAAACAGGGAUGCAGGUUGUGGGUCUUAUGGAAGCCCUUUACAACCAUUAAAUAAAGAACACCAGCUGCAUUAUUGUUUAUAUGGUAUGUUCCUAUUUACCACUUUGGUUUUGCCUGAAACCUGGGCAUUCUUUCUGCAGUUUCUCUGAAUUUUCUGCCUCACCUCCUCACUCCUGCCCUUGCCUUUUGUCUGGGCUUGGUUGCCUGUUCAUGUUCUUUGCCUGUGACGUUAAUCUUUCCCUAGUUGAGUGUGUGCUUGAAAUGUCUUAGCAAGUUGUCCUCUUAGGUGGUACUGAUACUGGGCCCUGGGGGAGGCUCAGCUCGCUCCCUGGUAGGAGGUGUACUUACAGGCUCUUGGUCUCUGUCACCCAAGAAUGGGAGAGGGGACCAUGCCGGACAUGGUGAGCAAUUAAGUAAAUAUGGGACCCCAAAGAAUUUUGCAGAAAGUGAUUUAUUUAGGCAGAGAAAAAGAAAAAGAUAAAAAAUGAGAGAGAGAAGCUUCCACAAUAUUAUGGAAGGGGAUCCAGACAUGGAGUCUGCCUGGAUGUUGGGGACAGGGACAUUAACCUGGGAGGAAUUCCCGCCCCCUUCAGGUUUUCUGGGCCUAUUAAGAGUUCCUUUAAACUUCUGCUGGAGUAAUCGAUUUCUUUGAUUCUUUCCGACAUGCGAGUGCCAAAGUUUAAACGAAGAAGACCUCUAACCCCCAGAUGGAGACGGUGGGGUGGGAGGCAUGGCACUGUGAAGUUCUUGCCUUUGAAACUAUGCCCCCUUGUGGACCCGGGAAGAGACCUUUUAUAGUCCUCUUAUGUCGCCAAAUUCCCUCAGUACCAUUGAUGUACAGUCCCAUUGGAGAGCACAAGUAUGUUUCCUUAGGCACUUCCAAUACUGGCUUUAUCAAACAUUAUGAGCUGGUUGUUGGAAGUCUGAUUUGCAUUUUUUUUUUUUUUUACUUGAGAAAGGCUGAGCAUGUUUUCAUUUUUGUAAAUCAUUUUCAGGUCCUUUCCUGGGAGCCAUCUGUUCAUGUCCUUUGUAGCCACUUUUAAGUUUUCUAUCUGAAUUUUACAGAAGAGACAUAGAUGUAGGGUGGAAGCAGCAGGAAGGGAAGGCAGACCAAGGGGUGUUAGGAAUUCCAUGUCGGGCCCUUUGGUUGCAAGUAAAAAGAACUCAUGCAGAGUUUCUUAGUUCAUAAAGGGUUUGGCCUUCUUCAGGGACAAGAAGAGAGCACUGAAGGGAGGGCUGUUGUGCUUGCAUCCAUUCACCAAAGAGUGCCAGCUUUGGGGCCAGGUAGGGUUCCAAGCUUGGGGGUGUAGGGGUAGCUGGCCGAGGCAUAGCCCUCCACAUCCUAACCCCCACCCCAUGCCCUCCCUCUACAGCCCUCCCCAUCCACAUCCCCUGUGCCCAACCUCCCCAUUCGCACUUCGCCCUGUGCCCACCCCCCCAUUUGUACCUCCCCCGUGCCCACCCUCCCCAGCCCUCCCCUCUCUAGCCCUGCCUACCAUUCACAGAGCUUUUGUGCAUUUGUCACUGGUGAGCAGAACUGGCAUGACUCCAGGGAUGGAAUCACAAAACAACUGUUUUUGUCUUUCGCUGUUUAAGAUGUAUUCAACCAGAGGCCUUCUCCUACCGCUGGUGAAAACAGCUCAGGGCGGCCCAUCACCUUUUUGAGUGUGGCUGGGGUGAUAGACCUUUUAUAGUCCUCUUAUGUCGCCAAAUGCUUUCCUAACUCAGAAAUUGGAAUACCACAUCUGUGUGAGAGUAGAAGCUGUGACAGUUGCUCACUGCCUUGUCUAGCCCUCCAGAGUUAGAAUAGGAGGAGGGAGCUAAGGUAGGGAGGGCACAGAGAUCUCAACCCUCCAUAGGAAUUGUCCUAAGCCGGCACACCUCUUGGACCCAGCCAGGGCUUCGUUCUUAUUCUCUCAUGGGGUACUUUCAGGAAUAUUUGAGGCCCCCUCUGUCCCUCCACCUCUUGUCCCUGGCUCAGGGCCUUCCCAGGUACCUUGACCAAGGCAGCUCCUGGGAUGUGCUAAUGUUGUUGCCUCCGACCACCACUUCCUCCUUUGCUCUUAGGAAGCCAGUGAUAGCUCCAGCUUCUUUCUGCUGGGCCCUGUCCACCCUGCUAGGUGGCCCUGUGGGAUAGGCCUUAAGAUGACCUUAGGCAGGCUUGUUGAUCUGUGUAGCCAGGGUCUGGGCCAAGGGAAGACUUCUGUACCCCCUGCCCUAUCAAACGCAGGAUAUACCAGUCAGCCCCAGUGCCCUUCUAUUAGAUUUGUUGGGUGACUCAGACACCAGCCCAUGGAGUUCCCAGGACUGAGGACUCCAUUUCAAGCUUUUGAAUGUUACAUCCCCCUAGCCCAGGAGGAGUGGGACCAGUGUAGCUCUGUGCAAAGAAACCAUCGCUACAAAUUCUUUUUAAAUAUCUACUCUUGGUCCUUUCUUGCCCUCCUUGUUUUGAGGUUGACAGAGUUAGGGAGUUCAAAUUCCUGCAGCAGGAGGCCGGGAGCUAUCAGGAGUCCUGGUUUUGUGUGGCCACAUUCUCUUUGGUGUGAGUAUUGUCCUCUGGCUGGAUUCUUAUUUUCUACACAUAACCCACACGUAACCUGGUGCCCACCCGUGGUAAGUGUAAGUGUCAGGCUGGUCCUACAGUAGCCCAGUGCCUAGAGUGAGGAAGGACCUUCCAGGCAAAGCAGGGCAUUCAUCAGGCCAGGGUUUCUAGAACUAUCCUGGGCUGCUGGGAGUGGAUGUAUGGGUUGCGGGCUGCAGAACUCCAGGAGAUGUCAUUUCCGUCAUAGCCCAGGGGAAUACUUGAGCCUGGCGAAGGGAGAUGGUUCUGGAGGGAAGUUUCGGUAAUAUCCAAGCCCAAGGUGAGCAGGAGCCCCUGAGCCAAGCUGCUGGGACUGAAGAGGAAUAGGAGGGAGUGGGAGUGAGAUGCUAGGAGGCAGCACUGACAGAACUUAGAGACUUAACUAAGAGGAGUAGGACAUGAAGUGGGUUUCUGGGUGGGUGCCCCUGUGACUCCUCUAGAUGGGAGAUAACAGAGAAAGUGUGGGAGGGGUGAGGAAAGUGUACAGGGAUGGGUUGAAGGCCACAGCCCCUCUGGGACCCUAAGGAGAUGUUGGGAGGUGACUGGAAAUACCCAGUGACUGGUCCAAAGCUUGGGAACAAGUUAGAGCUAGAAGAACAGAUGGGCAUCACCGCUGUGUUUGGAGCUGGAAAUAGGCCCAGAUUAGGGAACCUGGGUGCAUGAGGACUGGAUUCCCAGUGAAGGUGGAAGUGGGCCUGCCAGCCAUUUGUAUACUUUUCUGAAGAGUAUGGAAUUAAAUGGUAUUGGGCAGGUUGGCAUUGGGAGAAAGACAAGAACCAGGUGAGAUUAGGAUGUGGCCUUGCUGGCAUGAUGGAGGAAAUGCUCUUUACCUCAGCCCACAUGUGGACUGCCAGCAUCUGCCUGGAUGGUGCCAGGGGCAGUGGAGAUACAGGCCACUCUCCUCAGCCAUGUCCUUUAGACCAAGAGAGCUUUUACUGUGUAUCAGAUGACAGAUGAAAGACCUGGUAAGAAUUUGAGGUGUAUAGUAUGAAGUCUGGAAAUAAUGAUUGCAUUUGUUAAUUCUAUUUUGGUCUUUGGAAUCAAGGGUCUCUGAACCUGAGAUAAACAGGUUUCGUUUCAUAAAAGCUCUAGUCUCUAGUCAUUGUUCCUUGUUGAAAGCAGACCGCAGCAAUGUGCUUUGAUUUGUUGGCCAAAGCACUGCCAUGUGGCUCGGAAGCUUAAGCAGAUACUGCACCUCUGCCUUCUUGAACUGCCAUUGGUCACUCUGCAAAUCCUGGUGUCGCAAUAGAUUAGAACUGUGUAGAAAAGAUCUCGUUCUAGAGGAGAGGAGGCUGAUCCAGAGGCAUCUAGUUGCUUGCCUGAGUCACAGCUAAUAAGCAGGAGACAGAAUGAGGACUCACAGUUCCUGAUUUAUUUUUCCCUUUUGUUCAAAGCCCAGUGUAUUGAACUGGGUAAUCAGCAUGGUAUUUGCUAUCUUAUAUUGUCCAGGCAAAAAAACCCGGAGCUUGUUGGGAGCAGAAUUACAAAUAUAAGCAAUGCCAACCUUCUCUGCACCUUAGCAUUGCCUUUUAUAGUGUCAGAAACCCCAAAAAACAGCUUAGAAGGAGGUGUGAUUCUCUCCACAAUAUAUAUAUAUUUUUUCGAGACAAGAGUUUUGCUGUUGUUACCCAGACUGGAGUGCAAUGGCAUGAUCUCGGCUCACUGCAACCUCUGCCUACUGGGUUCAAGGAAUUCUCCUGCCUCAGCCUCCUGAGUAGCUGGGACUACAGGCGUGCACCACCAUGCCCAGCUAAUUUUUGUAUUUUUAGUAGAGACGGGGUUUCACCAUGUUGACCAGGAUGGUCUCGAUCUCUUGACCUUGUGAUCCACCCAUCUCAGCCUCCCAAAGUGCUGGGAUUAUAGGAGUGAGCCACUGCACCCGGCCUCUCUUCACAAUUUUUAAGAAAUUCACCAUGAUUUUCCCCUGAGCUAAGCCAGUGAGACUACAGAGGAUAAAGAGGAAGGUGUGGAAGGCAGAGAUAUCAGGAGGCAGGACUGAUGGCAGUGGGUGGGACUCCACUGGCGGUUGGGGGUUGUGGAGGAGGUUUCCAGGUGGGAGGUAAAUGUUCCUCCUCUAGAUGGAGAUGUCAGCGGAAAGCAUGAGGGUGGGUAUAGAUUUGCCCCUCGUGGUAUUAACAGUACCACAGGGACAGUGAAUGAUGCUGAGGCCAGCUCAGUCUUUAAGGCAACCAGGAACUGAACACACCCUGAUACGAUAGCUAGGCCUGAGGCCAUGGCAUAGCCCAUGCACUGUGGCGGGCAGCUAAGCUGUGAAGACUUCAAAAACAUGGUUGGUGUUAGGGGCAGUAAGAGGGAUGCACAGUGGAGAUAGGACUGAGAUCUGGAAUUUUAACAAAAGAAUAGUAAGGAAGGAAAUAGGCAAUCCCUAACGAGUCUGUAGGGUGCCUAGAAUCUUACUGACUACAAGUAUGUAAUGAAACACUUUUUACAGUGUCUUAGGAGGAGCUAAAAAAAUUAGAGCCAUCUUUGAGAUUAAAAAGUGAUGCUUUAAGAAAAGGGAUGCUGGCCAGGCACGGUGGCUCAUGCCUGUAAUCCCAGCACUUUGGGAGGCCAAGGUGGGCGGAUCAGGAGUUUGGGAGAUCGAGACCAUCCUGGCCAACAUGGUGAAACCCUGUCUCUAUUAAAAAUAGAAAAAUUGGGCCGGGCGCGGUGGCUCAAGCCUCUAAUCCCAGCACUUUGGGAGGCCGAGGCGGGUGGAUCACGAGGUCAAGAGAUCGAGACCAUCCUGGUCAACAUGGUGAAACCCCAUCUCUACUAAAAAUACAAAAAAUUAGCUGGGCAUGGUGGCACGUGCCUGUAAUCCCAGCUACUUGGGAGGCUGAGGCAGGAGAAUUGUCUGAACCCAGGAGGUGGAGGUUGCAGUGAGCCGAGAUCGCGCCAUUGCACUCCAGCCUGGGAAACAAGAGCGAAACUUCAUCUCAAAAAAAAAAAAAAAAAAUAGAAAGAUUAGCUGGUUGUGGUGGCACCCACCAGUAGUCCCAGCUACUCAGGAGGCUGAGGCAGGAGAAUAGCUUGAACCUGGGAGGCGGAGGUUGUAGUGAGCUGAGAUCGCGCCACUGCACUCCAGCCUGGUGACAGAGCGAUACUCUGACACACACACAUACACACACACACACACACACACACACACACACAGAGAAAAGAAAAAAGACUGUUGCUUUUCCCAUAAAGACUAAGAAAAAGAAGAAGAAUCUCUUAGAUGUGGGUAGGAGAUUCUUCUCAGACUCACCGAACACUUGCCUCAUUGUGGCAUUCUCAUUUGAGAAGGUAUGUAGAGAAAUUGGAGAGGGUUCAGAGAAUAUUAUCAGUAUUACUCAAGUUAUGGGAAGUAAAAGUAAUUUUUAAAACAGAAUAAAAUCUGAAGAAAUCGGUUACAUUUAAGUAAGACAGUUUAGAGAAAUUUCUCAGUAAAUUUGAUAACUCAGGUAAAUUUGAUAAAAAGGGAAACUGUAAUCAGGAUUGGGAAACCAAGUAACUUUGCAGUGAGUAAAUAGAUGCAUGCUUAGAAUAAAAAAACCAAGAAACUAAAAGCAAUCUCAAUUGUAUGCCAAGUGUUUAAGCUUUACUUAAAGUAAAAUUAGGGUAUGAAACCUAUUUGACAAUAUGUGAAUACAAAUCCAUAAACCCUGAAACAAAGUAUAUAUAAAUGCUCUUACUGAUGGAAAAAACUUCAUCUGUUAGAUACAUAAACAACACUUCCUUAAAUGUGACAUAAAUUUCAUACUGACCUCUAUAGUCGAUUUUAAUCAAAAACUACACAAAUAUUUGUAUUUUAUAGACGGGGUUUUGCUCUGUUGCUCAGGCUGGAUUCCAACUCCUAUGCUCAAGCGAUCCUCCUGCCUCAGCCUCUCCAGUAGCUGGGACUACAGAUGUACACCACUGUGCCCAGCUAAACAUUUUAACGUGAUUGGUUUCAAUAGUUUAUACCCACAGUUUUGAUGUGAAAGUGACAAACCUGAGCUGACAGCCACAGCCCAUGUAGAGGAAUGACUCCAGGCACAGUUCAUUUUGUUAAAAAAAAAAAAAAGAAAAAUCUGGAUCACUGCUAAUGUUCAUAUCUGAAAUGAAGACUGAAGUAAUUUUAUUCUUCCACUGUAGGAUCUCAUACCAUGUUCUAAAUCCUAGACCAUACACAGAAUGUUAGACCAGGAAGGGGCCUUAGCAAUAAUGGCUCAAGCCUCCUAUUGGACAGAUGAGCAAGGUGAGGCCAAGAAGUGUGAGUGAUGUGGAAGCUAAGGCUCCCAGUUGAAUACACUCCUUAAAUGAAUGAAUGUUGGCAAGGAAUAGAAUUGCGUGUGUGGCUCUGUCCACUUUCCCGAAGCCCUUCAACUAGCUCCUUGGUCCUACUAGCUUUAGCUAGUUCCCUGAUCAAUAUGUCAUUAAGCAACCAAAAUAUCUCAUUGAAUCCGAGGAGCAGCACAUUUCCCACUGUGAGCUUGUGGAUGUGGCAGCGCUGGGGUGAGGGGCCUGCUGCAAGGUGACAUGGCCAAUGCUGUGGGGUGCUGGGUGAUUGGUGUUGAUGCAUACCCUGUAUCUUUGUUACGCAAGGGUGAACUUAGCUUUCAGUAGCUGGUUUAUUCAAACAGUGGGUCCCCGGAUAUUCACAUCCCCAACUUCAGGGAACCAGCAUCUACCUGGUUGUGAUGUUCCCCAACUCCAAAGGUGCCAUUUCUUGUCCUGGCUCAUUCCUAGGGAACAUUGCCUCUAAAUCUUACAGUAAGAAUUUCCACGAGGUUGUAGUGAGUGGUACAACCAUUUUUAGCUGGUCUGUCCCUUUCUCACUCCUUAUUUAACCUAAGGAAACCACUUAGAGUCUUGGAGAGAGAAAGGGUGCCUAGUUCUGGUGUGCUUUUGUUUACAUAAAUGUAAAUGUCAAGUCUUGUUAGUAAAGUGCAAUUCAAGUUACAUAGCCUAACUUAAAAACAGGUACUAUAUAAAAAACACUUGCUGAAUCUAUGUGUAGCUGACAGCCAUCUAUAAAAGUGCAUAUAUCUUAUGCAGUCUUUUAGAGACCCUGGUUGAUUGCAAAAUGAAGCAGAGAAAAACAUUAUCACUAAAUGAAAUAUUUUAAAAGAUACUGGAUAUAAUUCUCCUGUAACCACUUGGACUUGACAAAGAUUUCUCAAAAAUGAUUUAGGAGGCCCACCUUUAAUGCUCUUCCUAGCAGAAAGUUGCAAGUUAAUAAUAGAUUUGAUGUCCCCUCUUGAGAAGAAAAUAGUCUUAAGGUCUCACCAUCUCAUUUUCCCCUUUUGAGAUCAGAUAGUAUACUAUGUAUUUGUUACUUUUCUGACUUCUGAGUGGAGUCUGGGUUAUUUUGAUUGCACAAUGUAAUUUCCCUCAUUUUGAACAUUUGCUUGAUUUUAGACAUUUUGCCUUAGGCAACAGGCCCUUUUACAUUUUUCUUCAGUUUUUCUCUACAUCCUGUUUUAUGUGUGGUUUAGAUCAUUUGAUGAGUCACAUGAUGUUUUUUGCUGCUUUAGUGACAGAAAUAGAUUCAAAAUAACCACACAGAGGAGUAUCCCGAAUGGUUACCCAACACGUUGCUCAAAAACGUGCUUUCCUACUGUUCGAGUGCUUAUACGAGAGCUGUCAGAGGGCUGUGUGUGAGGGUGCUGUCUACAGAAUGCAGGCACGAGCUACUGGCUUUGAACUGGCUGAACGUGCAAUGCAGACAUCUCAACACUCUGCAUUUUUCAAAACCCUUCCUCACACUCCAUUGCAAUUUCGGUUCCGAAAAGGCGGGGAGCAGAACUUAGAACAUAAAGGACCCCUUUUCCCAGACUGUGCACUGGUUUGAUGAAGACAUCAAUUUAAGUUUAGAAGUUAGCUCACCUGCAGAGCUGGUACUAACUGGCACAUGCUGUCCUGGGCACUGUUGUGCUAAGAGAGUCACUGAAGUAGAAAGAUUUUAAAUACAAGAAAAUAUUUCUCAAGGAAAUGUAAUUACAACACUAUAAAUACUUAUUAGUUUGCAACACACAUACACACACACUCUCUCUCUCCCACUUCAAUUUGAAGGAAAAAAAAAUCCAGUCAGCUACGAGUCUUGAUAUUUAUGUGUUUCUAGAAACCAAGGGUAUAGAAAAGUUACUCUCCCCAUGCCCCUUCCCUCCAGAAGAUCCCCAAAUGGGGAACAAGAGAGCAAGGAGCUGUUAACAUUUCAUACUUCUUAUUUUGAAGAUAUAAGUGAAUAAAUUUUCUGAUAUUUGUGAUACGUAAUGUUUAUCCCAACCUGGAGAGAGAUUCGGAGGGCUAGGAGUGAGCACUCCUGAGCUGGCCCCGCUGUGAUGCACCCUGGUGUCUGGAGAACUCGGCCCAGCUCUGUCACUACCCUGGGAGCUGCCAGGCCUCCCCAUCCUGGGCCCCCUAGCCCCUGCACCUCCCAAGGUUGUAUUGGGAAGACUCAGAGAGUGAAGUAUAAAGUGCUUUUACUGUUGUAAAGAAGCUUUACUUGGCCCUAUCUGAUACAUCCUAAACCAAUAUUAAGUGUUUCAGUUUCUUAGGGAAUCAGCUAUCCAGGACAUUUUGAAGCCAAACUUUUGAUUUUAGCUAAUGCUAAAAAUCAAGGCAAAACAAAAAUAAAGGAACAGUAACUUUGGCACGAGACAAACCCAACGCAGGCAGUCAUGGGGCAUGACUGUUUUUUACCCAGAAAUGCAAAAAGUGGCCUUCCGUGCCCCAAUUAAAGAAUCCCCAAUAGGGGAGGGUUUCCUGCCAAUGUGCAAAUACCUCACUCCCUGAGCCACGUGGCUGGCCAGUCCAAUCCUACCAUGACUUUCUGAGCGCAAACCUCGUCUAGUUUUUUGCUUAGACUGACGCCCUUUGCCACUGAGAUCCCUGUAAGUCAGUACAGAACAAAUGGCUACUGAAUACUGAGAAUGACCUCCCUUGUGCCCCUCAAAUAAACACAGGCCACCAAAGGAGCUCUAGCCUUGGCUUACUCAGAGAAAACCCUUACACUCUUUUCUAUGCUUUGAGCUGUCCAAACCUAUUUCUCAGCAUCUAAAUGAAAAACUACUUUGUACUCCUCUAUUUUUAGAUUGUAUUCGUCCACAAGCAGUCACCCAAUUUUGGGAAAGUCAUGCCUGGUCUUUCCAUGGUCUUUGACAUGAGAAUCUGACAGGCAUGGUGCCCUUUUAAAUUCAGCUGUCAGCUGAACACCCUGCAGUGAAAAAUAAACGUUUUGGGGGAAUGUUUCUUUGGUCCCAAAAGUCAAAAGUUUGCCCCUAAUGACUGCAAAGUGGGAAGGAGAAAGUUCCCCUUCCCUGGUUUGAUCUCCUUUCGUGUCUAGUUGGAUGAUGGGACCCGGUUAGAACAAACAGAUGCAGGGGAAUAUUCUAAUUCUCAGUUUUGUUUCAGAAGUUGUUAGGCUGUGACUUAAGCAGCCCAAGUGAAGAAAAUAUAUGAAGGAUCACGUGCUUUAAGGUGAAGAUUUGAACAAGUCCUGCAAAGUCAGCUCCACUGUGGUGGCCUGAGUGUGGCAUUGCUUCCUGUGUUCUCAGAAACUCUAACCAAAUAUUAUGGGCCACUGAUAUUGAUCACUGAAGGGGUCUCUGGAGUUACAUGUCCUUGUCACAUAAUGAAGAGGCCCUUGCUGAUCCUUCCUUGAUUUAGAGGGAAAGGAUUUGCUUUCUUGUUUUUUUUUUUGUGUGUGUGACGAGUUUUGCUCUUGCUGCCCAGGCUGGAGUGCAGUGGUGCCAUCUCGGCUCACUGCAACCUCUGCCCUCUGGGUUCAAGCGAUUCUCCUGCCUCAGCCUCCUGAGUAGCUGGGAUUACAGGUGCCAGCCAACCAUGCCCAGCUAAUUUUUAUAUUUUUAGUAGAGACGGGGUUUCACCAUGUUGGCCAGGCUGGUCUUGAACUCCUGACCUCAAGUGAUCCAUUUUCCUCGGCCUCCCAAAGUGCUGGGAUUAUAGGCAUGAACCACUGUGCCCAGCCUCCUUUCUCAAUUUGUAUCUUUAAGCUCCAACCCCAGAAGCAUGAAAGAGUCACACAUGUUAAAAAAUACUGCUGUUUAAUUUUCUAGUAAUGUCCUUUAAAAAAGCUGAUACAUUUAGAUGUUUUUUUCAUCUUCUCAGAUCUGCCUCUGAAACCAUUGCAAAGCAGCUAUGCAUCUUAACUUUUCAGCACUAUGUAUAUAUUAAUGGAGGAAAAGCCACUCUGAGGAAGCACGCCAAGGACAUAUCCCCAUGUGGGCACACCCCGUCGGCACUGGGUACCCCAGGAACGUGAAUGCAACCCUGGGAUGCUCACAGCUUACUUUAUGCCCUUGCAUUCUUUUUUCUAUGAGGAACAAUUAUGAUCACACAGCACUGAAAACGGUAGACACAAAAGGCCUGCGUUUUUCUUUCUUUCCAAUUUUUGCCCUUCCAGCUUGCACUUCUGUUCCCAUUCCAGUGACGCAUUUAUUCCCGUUACCCAUAAUGAAAAAUAGUUGUCAUUUACCGAGCCUUACAUUCAGAUGCAAAUUAUGGGCUUUAUAAAACUGCUGCAAAUAAGGUACAGUGUUCAUCGAUACAAUACGUUUCAACUGCAGGUAUGUUGAGCACACAAGCAAUCACCGUAUUGAAUUAGAGACAUUUUAUUGAAAAUGCGAAAAUAGGAAAUGUAUUAUAGCCUAAAAUAAAUUACAUAACAUAUACAGCAUAUAUUUAUAUCUUUAAAAUAUUUUUUUGUUUAGGUUCUUUCAGUCUAGGAAUUUUGACUAAAUCAACAAUUUAGUGAACUGUGUCUAUAAUUUUUUAAAGGAAAAAACCUGCUUCCAAACUUAGAAAAAUAUACUGCACUACAUGGAUUUCAAAUGCAUUAUUUCAGGGAGGAUCACAUAGUGACUCUGGUAUCGUUAUAAAAUGUCUUGCUUUAUCGUAUGGUGUGGGAGGGAAGUACUGUAGUACAUUCUGAAUUACCUGUACCGCAUAGUUAUGACUAAGGAUGGCAGAACCAGGUAAUACAUCUACUUCAAAAGUUACCCUACAGCAACCUGGCAUUAGAAUGCUGGAUUAGAGUUAAAGCUUCAGUUCACUGUAAAAACUAAAAUGCAAAGUUAGAACGCUCCAUGUGACACGCUCUAGUGCGACCUUCAGGAAAGGCAAGGGAAAAGCAAGGCUUCAGGAAAAGUCAUGCGGCAGGGACUGGAGUCUGGAGAUGCGCUUUUGUGACAACUUAAAGUUAGCUCAUGUAUAUACACAGUGGGGGUGAGAACUGACAGCUCCCUCAGAUCUAGGAAAAUGCAAAGGGAAAUGCUAUCAUUCAGCCGUGUCAGUUUGCUGCCCCCGUGCCAUUUCAAACCUUUCUAUGGGAGAUUAUACCCAUCCGUCAGCCAGGUGUGGUCACAGGUCUCCAUUCUGCAGUGUGAACGGUGACUCCGGGCUGCAGCCUGCUGCCCUCCUCCCGCACGUGUGGAGUAGAUGGUUUCGAACUCUGAGGUGGAAGGGAAGUUUAAGAGGCCACUGGGGCUCCAUCUCUUUGUACAGCCAUGUGACUGGGAAGCAAAUCAAAGGAAGCUGAGUUUUAACCUGUUGAUUCUUAAGAGUGAUGAAAGGGGACAGGAGAGUCUGUGGCCUGCUGUGCGGGGUGACCGAGAGGCGCUGGCACAGCCGCAGUCCUUUGGUUCCAAGAGGAGAUUGUCCAGGGGAGGAGGACACAAUGGCGACCAUGAGGCAGCUGUGUCUUUUGGGUUUUCGUGAAGCCGGGGCACGAAGUCAGUUGUUUUGUUUGAUUUUACAUAGCAACAGUAAAGACCAUUCACUAGGUCCCCCCGUCAGUGUGAGCAUACCCAGUAUGCUAGAGAAUUGACACGAAACCUUUAAAUCAAGGCCUCUUUCAUUACCAAAAAAAAAAAAAGGAACAAAA